AUGGCCGCCGCCGACGCCGACGCCGCUAAGCUCUCCGUCUCCUUUCAGGCCUUCGCGGCGCUCCUCGACUGCUGUGCGGCCGCUGGCGGGGACUGCGACGGGAUACUCCUCGGCCGUGCCGCCCUCCCCCCUUCCUUCCCCGACGACGAUCCCGCCCCAACCCUACCCAUCUACGUCACCGGCCACUCGUCGCUCGCCCGACGCUCCGUCCUCUCCAACGCACUCGACUGCUUCAAGCCCUACUCCCCCGCCCGCCCGGGCACGGCCACCGUCGGCUUCUUCUCCUCCCGCCGCAGCGCGUGGGCGACGCGCCGCCCCUCCAUGCGCGAGGCCGCCGUCGCCCGCUCCCUCUCCAAAUCUCUGGCCCUCACCCACCCUGUCGUGUUUCUCCUCUUAGCCCCCUCUGUCGCCUCCGACCUCUCCAUCCACUCUUUCGACCACCGCGCCUUCCUCCUUGUUGAUUCCCGCCUCGUCCCCACCUCCCUCACGAUCGUCAACGUGGGUCCGCGUUUCCGGGGCCAGUACCAGUGCCACACCUUCACGGCGGAGUCGACAAUGCCGUGGCUGCCGCCUCCCCGAGCAAACAUCGGAGAGCAAGCAACCGAGGCGGAGGAGAUGUAUUCCGGGAUGCUAAGGAGGUUGGAGAGGCUUGCUCAGGAGGCGGAGGAGGGCAAUAAGCGGCUGCUCCGUAAGGAAAAUAAGAACUUAUUGGGAAGGAGAAAAUUUGCUUGGUUGAAGUAAGGGCAGAGAUCUUGUUCUCAGUAAGGGUGUAGAGGCCCUGUAAGAGAGGUCACAAAAUUUGAAGCCGGGAUCCUUGAGCUAUAGCUUGAGUUGAAGUGCUUGCUAUUUCUUCCUCUUUUUUGGCUGGAUGCUUUUUGGAGUUCCACUAUCGCAUGCUUUUUGGUUCAAGGAUGCAAAAUCUAGGAUAGUACUACCUUCAUCUCAAAAUAACGGAAAUGAUAAAUCCAAAUGACAGCUUUUUGACCAUGGCAAAUCGAACGUUUUUAAUGGCAAUUUUAGUUGACGCAAAAAUGGCAAGUUUAGUUGGCAAGCACGGCAAUUUCCUGACAAAAAACAAACUGAGGGCGGAUUUGCCGUACUUACCAACUAAACUUGCCAUGGUGAAAAAAUGUAAAUUACCACAAAAAGCGUUUGAUUUGACUUUGUCAAAUCCUGAAUGUUCAGGACUUAUCGGCGUCCCAAAAUAAUAGACGUUUUUAGAUGGAUGUAGUAAUUGUGAAACCACUUUUUUCCUUACAUGCAAAUGUGAGACGUGGCAUCAUUUCGCCACUGCACCUU